GGGUCUCGCGUCCCUCGUCGAUCUCACCUCCAGCUCAGGGGGUGAGUUAAUGUAACGGGCUGGACCUUUAAAUAUUGCUAAAAACCCGAAUAGCUAAAAACCAUCAGUUAUUUAGACUUUUAGCGUAAAAAUGGCCCAGCUGCAGGCCUGUUUGCAGCCUGACAACCCCCAGCGCCUGUUAAUCGGAUAGUGUGGAGGAUUUUGAGCUCACCUAGCUAACGUUACGCAGCUGUCUGUAACCAAAGCUAGCUAACAGGCUAUCUAGCGGCAGUUGGUCUUCUUGCCAUAUGAUAUUGACGCACAUUGCACAGGGACACACUUAAGAAAACGGUGACUGAAUCUGCAAAAUAACCAUCUUGAGCUGAAAUGGACAAAGACGAAGCAGACCGGCUGAUAGAGAAGGCGAAGCUGUGUUUACGGUCCGGACGGAAAGAUCGGGCUCUGCAGCUGCUAUAUGAAGCCCAGAAUAUUUACCCCAGCACCAGGGCCAGAGUGCUGAUAGAUGCCAUACUUAGAAAUGGAGGAAGUACAACUCCAGAAGCAAACCACGUUCCCCCACCGUCAGGCUGGAGAGACGAGGACUUUGGAAACAAUGAAGCAACUAACGCAGGUGGUGACGAUAAGAAGAGCUACACAGAGGAGCAACGCCAAGGUGUUCACAGGAUAAAGAAUUGUAAGGACUUCUAUGACAUCCUUGGUGUUUCCAAAAAUGCCAGUGAGGAAGAUUUGAAGAAGGCGUAUAGGAAGUUAGCCCUCAAGUUUCACCCAGACAAGAAUUUUGCCCCAGGAGCAACUGAUGCAUUCAAAGCAAUAGGCAACGCAUACGCCGUACUGAGCAACCCAGAGAAGAGGCAGCAGUACGAUCAAUAUGGAGAUCAAUCCACAGCUACAAGUGCACCCCAACACUCCAGCCAUGCCCGUCAUGGACACUACCGAAGCUUCCACAGGGAUUUUGAGGCUGACAUCUCUCCUGAAGAACUCUUUAACAUUUUUUUCGGAGGAAGGUUUCCCACAGGAAACGUCCACGUGUACACUAACCAGGGAUCCUCCUACUCGCAGUUCUAUCAACCUCGUCGUCGACGUACUUAUGAGAGGCGCGAGGAGGUGGUGGAGGACAACCAGAGUCAAAACACCUUCACCGCUCUCCUGCAGCUUCUUCCUGUGCUGGUGUUAAUCCUCAUAUCAGUGUUUACUCAGAUGAUGGCCACUAACCCUCCCUACAGUCUCUUUUAUAAACCGGCCAUGGGGCUGGUGGUGUCCAGGGAAACACAGCACAUGGGUGUGCCAUAUUAUGUGGAUAAAAGUUUUGAGAAGGAGUAUCGUGGAGCUGCACUGGAUGAGCUGGAAAAAACCAUAGAAAGUGACUAUAUUGAACACCUGCAGAGCAGCUGCUGGAAGGAAAAACAGCAAAAAUCAGACUUGGCAAACCUCGGGCAGCUGUACCGAGAUGAGCGGUUAAAACAGAAGGCAGAGUCGAUGAGGCUGGACAACUGUGAGAAACUGCAUCGACUGAUCGGGCGUCAAAGAGGCAAAUGAGGACAGUUUGAGAGGAGGAAACAUUUCUUUGCAGACUCAUCUUAAAACUAGACAAUAAUACCGUUUAUUAGAGUGCAUAGUCUAUUCAAUCUGGCCAAUUUUGAAAGAAAUCUUUUUUUGGGUACGGUGCAGUGGGAGACAAUGCCACUGGAAACAAUGUGCCUUCUCUCCUCUUGAAUGAUAGAAAAUAGAGUUGCAUGUUGGCUGCCAGCGCCUUCUGCGGUGGUAGCGGCAUGGUACCAACUCGUUGUGGCAGUGUUGUACAACGUCUCAGAGCCUUUAAACUUUCUUAUAGAAACGGCACGACGUGGGGAUUCCCUUCGGGGGUUAUGAAGGUAGUUGUAUGUUCACACAUUUGUUCAGGAUUUGUGCUUCAGCUGUAUUUAUUUUCUCAACAGUUUUUGCGUCCUUGCUGAAAUUUGAGUUUAUUUAUUUAAGAGUUAAUAGAGUGAAUGUCACUUGAACAUCUUGACUCCUGUUUCCUGUAGGAAAUUGUGAAAAACAGUGACUUAAAUUACACUGUAGUCUUCUAACUAAAGCUUCUGUGAGAAGACAGAGGAGCUUAUAUUUAUUGUGUAAACAGACAAAUCAGGCAUAAAACAGAUCUGUAACACUUAUACUGUGGUUUUUCCAGCUCUAUUGCAAUAGGAGGAGGAGGAAUUGUACUUAAAAUAGUUGCAUUCUACUGAUAAAUGUACUCCGGUUAUACUUGCCAAAAUGAAGCGCUGUCCUUCAUGCUUCCCGCUUCCCUUGCCCUCCAUGUGCACAUAUAUGUUCUUUGCACUGGUCAGGAGACAUGAACUGUUACUAACAGCUUCAGCUGCAGACACUGUACAGUAUGGUAUCUAGAAAAUGUGUUGUGAGGCCAAGUCCUCAGGAGGGAAUUUUGGUUUCUGAUAAGGAAGAGGUCCACUUCAACCAAAAAGCCCGUUCACAGUUCUUCUCCGUUUGUGUUACACCUGAUGGAUAUUGGAGAAUUGUGUGUGAGCGAUGUCUGUAAUGGGAUAAAUUCACAUGCAAUACUUUCUGUCCCUGAACCCUGCACACCGUUUGUGAUUAUCUGCUCGGAAAAAAAAAAAAAAAGAUUUUCAGCCCAGAUUUUUUAGACGUUUUAUAAAUCCU